ACCUUUUGAAUACCUACCUUUGAAAAAUCGUGCUGACAGUCAGGCUGAGGCAUGGUAUAAAUAGGCAAUAUCAGUAACAUCAAUUAAUACGAUCCAAAAGAGUACAUAAGACGUCAACUGUUACCAUACAUAGUAAACGAAACUGUAGUUAAAUUUGUCGACUGUGAUCCACCUUUAAUUAUGUAAAAGUAUCUGAAAGUCUUAGCCUUACUUAAUAAUGUAUGUUGGCUGUUCAUUAGUGCAAAAUCUGCCUUUCCCCGUUUUUGUGAAAUGUCUAUCUUUUGAAACCCCCUGAAUCAAAAAAAUAAGUUUUCUCGAAUUGUGUCUGUCUGUCUGUCGGUCUAUAAGUAUAUAGAUUUUUAGUCUUUUAGCACAAUAACUUUAAAAAGAAUUGACAGAUUGAAUUCGCCUGUGGUAUUAUCUUUUGCUGCCCUACAAUGACAAUUCUGUGUACGGUUAUUUGUAGUCAUCGAAAAGUCGAAAAAUGUCAAAAGUUUCUUUUAAUGGCUAGUUGGAUCACCGUGACCCUUUGCUUUAUUUUGAUGACUAUGAUCAUCACUACAGACGCAAAGACAUCCGAAAACUUCCCAAUAACAUCAACGUGCAGUCCAAAAUGUGACCAGAACCAUACAUGUAAAAUGCGAAAAGGCCAUUGCCUUCACCCAAUAGAUCCGUGUAUGCCAACUUAUAGAUGCGUUAAAAAUAAAAAGGAAAAGAAACGUAAUUUUGUUUGCAAUUAUUACAAACUAUGCAACCAAAAAUAAAGUAUUCUAUCUGAUUAA